AUCAAACUGAACGGCGUCUCUGCUGCUGUGGACCAAUAGCACAGCUUCACAGUCCUCAGCAUCCCCAACCAAAGGAGGUAUCCAGUAUCCCUAGACCACUGGAGCGCCCACAGAGACUUCUGACAAGGCGUGAAGAUUUUUGUGUUUGUUUGAUAAAGGCUUUUAUUUUAUUGGUACCUGACAAUCUUUAUAUGUAAUCCAUUCCUUGGUCUGGAUCUUGUAUCUCCUUGAUGCGCAGUUUAUCAAGGAUAAACCCAGACAGCCAUUACUGCGGCGCUUGUUUUUCUAAAGCAUCGUGGUGGACAGCAGGUUCCUGCUUUGCAGCCCUCAUCCAUCACGACACCAUUUUUCUUUAAAUAGAGCACCAACCUAUAUUUGGAUGUCUAACACAGAUUGAGCGAGUCUCAGGAAGCAGCGGGGCAAGUCCUCAGCUCCAGUCCUUGGCACCUUCUUUAGCUCACCCAUAACCUUCAGGUUCUGAUUAUCCUCUCCUGGUGCCAUGGGAACCGUGCUAUCGCUUUCUCCCAGCUACCGUAAGGCUGCCCUGUUUGAGGAUGGCCCGGCUACCGUGGGCCACUACACAGCCGUUCAGAACAGCAAGAACGCCAAAGACAAGAACCUGAAACGGCACCCGUUCAUCAACGUAUUGCCAUGGAAACGGAUAGUAGCCGUGUCGGCCAAGAAAAAAGGCUCCAAGAAGGUGCAGCCUAACACCACCUACCAGAACAAUGUUUCCCAUCUCAACAAUGAGAACCUCAAGAAGUCACAGUCUUGUGCAAACCUCUCCUCCUUUACCAAGGACCAGUCGAGUCCAUCGAACCAAGGCUCCAAAAAUUCCAACAACACAGUUUCCUCUGUUAAGAAGGCACCUCUCUCUAACUCCAAUGCUGUACCUGGAACUCCCAAGAGGGUGAUCGUCCAAGCCUCCACCAGCGAGCUGCUGAGGUGUCUGGGGGAGUUCCUGUGCCGGAGAUCCUACAGGCUCAAGCACCUCUCCCCCACCGACCCGGUGCUUUGGCUGCGAAGCGUGGAUCGUUCUCUGCUGCUUCAGGGCUGGCAGGACCAGGGCUUCAUCACCCCGGCCAACGUGGUUUUCGUCUACAUGCUCUGCCGCGACGUGGUCUCCUCCGAGGUGGCCACGGAGCAUGAGCUGCAGGCCGUGCUCUUGACCUGCCUCUACCUGUCUUACUCUUACAUGGGCAAUGAAAUCUCCUACCCUCUCAAGCCAUUCCUGGUGGAGACCUCCAAGGAGACGUUCUGGGACCGCUGUCUUUCCAUCAUCAACAUGAUGAGCGCCAAGAUGCUGCAGAUCAACUCUGAUCCUCACUAUUUCACCCAGGUCUUCGCAGACCUUAAGAAUGAGAGCCAGAAGGAGGAGGAGAGGAGUCGUCUGCUCAUUGGCCUGGAUCGGUGAGGGGUUGUGGAGAACUCUUUGGUGCCACUCUCUUCUGGCAUUUUUUUAAUAGGAUUAAGCAUAUGUAGUCUAUGUCUUUUCAAUUCGCACACAAGGCUUUCUUCACUUUUAGCAAUGGGAAUUUUGGACCUGAAGGAAAAAUGCCAGACUGGAGUGGAACCAAAAUCAGAAGCAGCGGACAUUUAAAAAUCACUGAUAGGAAAGACUUCAAAAGAGGCGACAUGACAAAAAGAACAAAACACACAGCUAUGAAUGUGGAGAGGACUUGAGCUGCUGUUUAGCUGCAGAACAACUUAUUUUGGGACUUGGCGCCAAGAUCGGAUCCACUUGCCGGAUCGGUCCACCACGGUCAAUUUACUUAGAAGACUUAUUGAUUCACAGUCAACGCACAUGGAUUCUUGCAUCAUCCAUGAAACUGGACACUCGGUGAACGAAAAAUUAAUUACUGUUGCAAAGUCUCUGUAUGAACUUUAGAAAUGUGAAAGGUUAAGCGUGUUUAUGUUGGCAGAUAUAGAACGUAAGCCACACAGAAUGACUCUUAGAAUGGGCCAGCAUUGCACAGUGGCGGUUGUCAGCACAUUUGUAGGAAAGACCUACUUUAUUUUCAUCCAUGCACAGAGUUAAACAGAUCUCUCCUGUGGCUUACCUCUUUAAAGCUUUACAGCUUGUUUUACUGUAUUGUCUUUUUUAACUGUAUUCUUCUGAAUGCAUACACAAUCUGGAUGGUGUUAAAAUUGAUUUGUAAAGCCAUCUGCAUACGUGUUUAGGGAAUGACUUAAGAAAAAGUACAAAUCUCUACAGUAGCUAUGCCUGCUUCAAUGAGCCAUUGUUUUGUUUUAGUCAAUACUCAGUUUCAGAGGGGGCCGUGUACAGAAAACCAUCAUGUAAAUGCAUCAUAAACAGUGCCAUACUUUUGAUGAAAAUCACGUAGGUCUAAAAAUACACACCAAAGGCUGGCAAACUUUGGAACGGUAGGAUUGUCAUUAAUGAGUAUCUAAAGAAAUCGUAAUUUAUUGUUAUUUAUUGCUUAUUUUCACACAUUGCUCUCUUGCAUUUAGAGAUUUAGUAAGGUUGUUGUAAAAAUGGUAAAACAACUUUUAGGUUGAUGGCUACCUUUUGGUGAGGAUGAAGAUUGUGGUGGAUGCACAUUUGCAUUUGGAUGAAUUCUUUAACGCUAACAUCUAAGAGCAUAGGUUUACCAUUUUAAAUCUGACAAACACCAAGGGUAAUUCAUCAUAGCGACAGAUGAUCGGUUUCAACCCAAGUUUAAUACUUGAAACCAAUUUCUCUGUGGAGUACUGUUGGGAUGUUCUACAUAUCAGCACUGCAAAAGCAAGCGUCAGUUUUCAUCCUGUGACAGCAAAAGCCAAAUGCUGAUGACAACAAGCUCCCCGGCAUUAAAUUGGAUGAGAUGUGGUCUAUUUUUGGAGCUAAACAGUUUCAACCAGAAAACACAAAGCAAAAACCAUGUUGAGCAUCAGGUCAUAACCUGUACAUGGUUAUCAGAUUUAUAGGGAAAUGAGUUUUAAAUACAUGCCAUCUUUCCAAAAGCUGCUUUAAGACUCCAUGAAAAAACAUAAACUCUAAAUCUGACAAACGCAACCACAUAAAAAAACCCGACCACGAUCAUGGGGUGACUGAAUAUUAUACGAUCUACUUAAAACAUUUCAACAGUGCUAACUUGUGCAUGCUUUCUUUCACUAGUUGUAUCUUUUCUUUACGAGUCAAAAAAAGAAAAAGAAAAAAAAGAAUGUGACAGUCAUAUAAGCAAACAUUACAUCUCUCUUUGAUGAUUCAUGCAAAAGCCUGUUGAUCUCAUGACAGAUUUUGUCCCAGAGCAGUGGGAUGGACAGAUGAACUGUGCUGCGUUAUUUUAUGGGACAAAAGGUGUGCGUGAAGGUUAAGGAAGCCAAUCAUUUGUUCAGUAAAGCGCCAGGAAAGGUGUAGACACUAGCAGCAAAGGGGACUUGCACUUUUUCUGAGGAGCCCGCUGGGGUUCGAUGGGGUCUGAAGCUCGCCUGCUAUCACCUGCCCCAGGCCACAAAAACGUGCCAUUUUUUCACAUGCAUCACAAAAUAGUCCUUAAAAAAAGAUGAAAACUCCUGUCAAACUCUCUCUGUAUCUUUUUGCGUAAUUCUUUGUAGAACUGAACCUAAACAGUGUUACAAAAAAUGACCGCAUGGGUGCGAGAGCGCGAGCUUAUUUGUAUAGAAGAAUGUGACGUGUGUAAGUUGAUUUUUUAGAAACAGAGUUUUAGAUGGUAGUACUCUAGUGCUGGGCUGGAGUUUGACAUGAUGGACGGGUCCUGAUCUGUUAACUUUUUGUUCUUUAAAAAAAAGACAAAACUCUGUUGAUGUAACCUUUUCAUUUCGUUCCUGCUUAUUUUUAUUUAUUUUUGUACUGUGAUGAGAAAUAAAAUGCACUGAUGGUUAAA